AUGAUAAUGCUGAUGGCAUCUCGUAUGCGUCGUGAAAGUGUUACCUCUCGACGCCUUACUUUGCGGUUGUCGCACAAUACGGCAACAACUUCGGUCUUUGGCGUCUCUUUGCUGCAGUCUCGCGGCAUCCGUACGGUGAUUGCACCGCGUCCUGCCGUUACGACACUAGUGUAUAUUGACAAGUACGGUCGUCCCUUACGUAACAGUACGGAGACGGAUCUAUCACUGAUCCGCACGCGUGACAACAAAUUUUAUUUGCAACGCGUUCUUGAGGGCGGUGAAGUCAUUCGCUGGCGUGCACCAGGACUGGAUCACCUGAAAAAUGUCACCAAUUUUGAAACCUACACCCUGAAUGAAAUAGACGAGUAUGGCGGUGUUGUCAUCCCCGCUGAUUUGAUGCCUACGGCGUCCAACGAUCCGCCAAGCUUUCAUGACGCUGUAUAUUACAUCAAUCGCGUGGAGGCGAAGAAGAAGUUUACACGCAAAGACCGGCGUCAAUGGCAUCGGCGUCUAUUUGCGCAUUGGAAGGAAAGCCCUGAGAAAUUUUUAAAUCAUUCCAUUGGUGCUUAUGGAAUGCCGUUUCUAUUUGUCUUGUGGCUGACAAUUCGCGGCUUUCAUAGCAUCAAGAACAACAAGCCCUUCUGGGACGUCAAUGUCUACGGCAAGACGGAUGAAGAGCAGGUUUUGCAGGACCCGUGGCUAAGGCUCAAACGCUUUUCAGAUCGUCACCCAGAGCACGAGGGUCUUGAUAUGACGGUAACGAUGAUGUCACCUGGACAGUCGCGUCUGUCCUCCUCGCGAGCUGAAAUACGUGAGACUGACUUCACAGACCCCCAUUUUCACAGCGAACUUUGGUGGAAGAUUCGACACGUGCGGUACUACGGCCACUGGCCAAAGGGUCUGGCAGAGUGA